CUACGAUGUCCAAUACUUGGGUCAAGCUAUAUCUCCGAUUGCGCUGUCAAUGCGUAGCGGCGGCGAGGUAGCGUAGUUGCAAACUACUUUACCUGUCCGAUGUCGCCAUGGCUUGAGCCGCUUGACCAGAACACCGGUCAGCAGCAAUGGGACAACGAUACGUGAUUCGAGAAGCAAAGACAAAAGAAGAGCUGGAUGAGAUAAUAAAGGUUAUUUGGGCUGCAAACUACACACCUUACGAGCCGUUUAUGCAACUCUUCUUUCCGGUUCUUGGCUACACAACGGCUCAUCGCGAAGCUGCCAUCGCUGAAUCGAAACAACGCAUCUGGACACAGCACCAAGCCGACAACGCCAGCCAUUGGUUCUACGCUUUCGAUACAGUCACCAAAAAGACUGUUGGUUGUUCGCAAUGGGUAAUUUCGACAUCCAACCCAUUUGUCGCAGGCAUACCAAAGUUGACCGCGCCUUGGUGGCCCGAAGGCGAACAUCGGAGGUUCUGUGAGUCAAUUCUCAAUCAGGUGUACAGGCCGCGCGCGAAUUGGAUGACGCGGCCCCAUUGUGCACUCAAUUGGAUGGCGGUGGAUCCCGCUCAUAGAAAUCGUGGCGUUGGCUCUCUUCUCAUGCAUGUUGGCAUCACACGCGCUGACGGGCUUGACCUCGAAUGUUGGAUGGAAGCAUCUAGCAUGGGCAAGCCGCUUUACGACAAAUUCGGUUUCCAGUCUCUGUUGAAGGUUGCUUUUGACAACGAAGACUCGGAGGCAAGUGAUGAAUGGAGGAAGUGCGCGCAUGAGAUGACACCUGCGCCAAUCUUUGCCAUGUGGAGACCGAAGAAAUCUAACGGGGCGAAUUCUCAAGGAGGCUUUAAUCUGCCAUGGGCGUUAGGUACUCAGUGAUGAGAAGCACUAUUCCAGCGGCCCGUAUAGGCCAUGGUUAGAUUAUUCGGAGACUGUAGCAGUGCAUAGCGGAUAUGCAAUCCAACAAAGGCAUGCUAUCCCUCGAAGCGGAGGGGUCUCGGAGGUACCGUAUUGUGAGAGAACGCGGCUGGGAAAGGGGGGACUAAUGAAACAUGAGCAUGUUACCUUUGGAAGUUUGGAGAACUG